UUGCUACCGGGCAGCUGGCUAGGGUUGUCCAAUGCCCUAAUGAAGAGCAGGUAGUAGCUGGAGAGAGGGUGGCCAAGUACCUUGGCCAAACAGCAACUGUUGGACUGCAAUACUCCGCGGCGGCACAAAGGCGUCAAAAGGGUGCGGAUGGAGUCGAACCCGGGAGGCUCUUUCUCACCGCCUUCUCUGAUGCAUCUUGGGCAUCAGAAUCAGAGGACAUGACAAGUAUGGGAGGCUUCAUCUGCUGUGUUGGUGGAGGACCAACAGCUUGGGAGAGCAAGAAACAAGUGGACCAAGCAUUGAGCUCGGUGGAGUCCGAGUAUAUGGCACUCUUCCGUGCCAUAAGAGAGGUUGUGUGGCAGCGGCGUUUGCUAGCUGAAUUGGGGGAGGAGCAGCAAGGACCUACCCCACUCUACUGUGAUAGCCAGGGUGCUAUUGCAUUGGCAAAGAACCCCGUUCUUCAUGGCCUUACCAAGCACAUGAAGGUGAAGUGGCAUUGGCUCAUCACCGACGCUAGUGAUCUGGCCGUUGGCGCAUUCUUGUUACAAGACUUCGGUGAAGGCCUACAACCGAUCGCCUACGAGUCACGAAAGCUGAACCCUGCCAAGCAAAAUUAUCCUGUCCAUGACAAGGAGUUACUUGCCAUCGUUCAUGCUUUCAAAGUCUGGCACUGCUACCUGACGGGCGCUGACGUCACAGUCCAAAUAGACCACAAGCCGGACGCAGCCUUUGCUACCGGGCAGCUGGCUAGGGUUGUCCAAUGCCCUAAUGAAGAGCAGGUAGUAGCUGGAGAGAGGGUGGCCAAGUACCUUGGCCAAACAGCAACUGUUGGACUGCAAUACUCCGCGGCGGCACAAAGGCGUCAAAAGGGUGCGGAUGGAGUCGAACCCGGGAGGCUCUUUCUCACCGCCUUCUCUGAUGCAUCUUGGGCAUCAGAAUCAGAGGACAUGACAAGUAUGGGAGGCUUCAUCUGCUGUGUUGGUGGAGGACCAACAGCUUGGGAGAGCAAGAAACAAGUGGACCAAGCAUUGAGCUCGGUGGAGUCCGAGUAUAUGGCACUCUUCCGUGCCAUAAGAGAGGUUGUGUGGCAGCGGCGUUUGCUAGCUGAAUUGGGGGAGGAGCAGCAAGGACCUACCCCACUCUACUGUGAUAGCCAGGGUGCUAUUGCAUUGGCAAAGAACCCCGUUCUUCAUGGCCUUACCAAGCACAUGAAGGUGAAGUGGCAUUGGGUGAGGAGCAUGGUAACAGCGGGUGAAAUGGAGUUGCACUACAUGAAGACGACGGCGCAGCCAGCUGAUAUGAUGACCAAGAGGCUCGUUGAGCAGCAGCAUUGGAAGUGUUGCAAGCUUGCUGGGAUGGCUCUGAACUAAGAGGAGCAGAUUAUAAGGCCAACAA